AUGGGGUUCGAGUCGUCCCCGGAGAUGGAGCGGUUCCUGUGCGGGCGGCUGCUGGACGCGGCGCAGCCCAUCGCGGAGCGGUUCCGCGCGCUCUUCUCCCUCCGCAACCUCCGCGGCGACGGCCCGCGCCGAGCGCUCCUCCAAGCUGCAAGGGAUUCUUCUAACUUGCUUGCCCAUGAGGCUGCAUUUGCACUUGGACAAAUGCAGGAUGCUGAGGCUAUCCCUGCAUUAGAGGCAGUUCUCAAAGACCUUUCAUUGCAUCCAAUUGUCCGUCAUGAGGCUGCUGAAGCCCUUGGAGCUAUUGGCCUAGAAAAGAGUAUUUCCCUGUUGAAGGAGAGUUUAACAGCUGAUCCUGCCGUUGAAGUGCAAGAAACAUGUGAGUUGGCUCUUAGACGCAUAGAAGAGCAGAAGAAUGCUAGCGGCGUUGAGAGCACAACGAUUUCACCUUAUCUAUCAGUUGACCCAGCAAUGCCUGCCAAGCAAGGACUUACGGUAGUACAACUUAGGGAGCUUCUCCUCAGUGAGAAAGAAAAAAUGUAUGAACGUUAUGCAGCUCUUUUUGCGCUUAGGAAUGAUGGUGGAGAUUAUGCUGUUUCUGCUAUCGUUGAAGCUCUAGGUGUCAAAAGUGCUCUUCUACGCCAUGAGGUCGCUUAUGUAUUAGGUCAGCUGCAAAACAAAGCUGCUUCAGAUGCACUUUCUGGUGUUCUGAAGAAUGUCGAUGAGCACCCAAUGGUCAGGCAUGAAGCCGCCGAAGCCCUUGGUUCAAUUGCAGAUCAAGAAAGCAUUGCACUUCUUGAGGAAUUUGCCAAGGACCCUGAGCCCAUCGUCUCGCAGAGCUGUGAAGUAGCUCUCAGCAUGCUCGAGUACGAGAGAUCAGGGAAGGCAUUCGAGUUCCUCUUCCUACAGACUCCUCAGGUGCAGCAGGAAUCCUGAGCAUAGUUAACCAUUGGCGACAUCGACCGCCAAACUGACCUAUUUCGCCAUCCAUUUUGUUAGAGCAUUUUUCUGUACAACGAUGGCAAUAUUUCUUCCAUUUUACUUGGACAUCUCAGAGCAGCAUGAAGAACAUGGUGAUGAGCUGUCCAGUUCCAUUUGCAAUGGAAUCAAAGUGUAUGAGUUCCUGAAAUCUGAAAUGAGCGAAAGUACCUGCUGAACCUUAAUAUGUGUGAUGGUGAUGUAUGUUUCAGUUGUACUAAACAUUCUCUGUCCUAUCCACUAUUCUUAUUAUCGUGGCAAUCUGUUUUGGACCAAAUCUUGUAAACUGCAAACAUUCAGGUUUAGUUUGACUGGCCAGAUUUAAGGAUAGUGGUUACAUAUUA